AUGGAGCCGGAAGAAGAAUUGACGGCCAUGGAUAUGACCAUUGAUGGCAUAGGAACGGUAAAUGAACUCGGCGUCAAGCGCUAUCUAGAUGCACAAACUGUCUGGGAAAAGAAAUUCAAAGAUACUUUGAAGACCAUCGCGAAGCAUCGCAAACGGCACAUCGAUGCUGCUGAUGCGGAGGAGUCUACCCGAUUGGCCAAGCUCAAGGCAUCAGUUAUGGGAAAGGAGAAGGACGACGAUGAGCGAAAUAAAGUUAUCAACUCUGCUAACUGGAGUUGGGCCUGGGUCGUUGCUGGGGAUGAAAACCCACCUCCAUCAAGCAUUGUGGCGAGACGUGAUACUGCAGAAGCUAGGCGCCUCAGUAAAAUCGCGGACGAGGCUGUUGAAGAAAAGGAGAGCCGAAUGAGCGGAAAUAAUCUUUGGCAGAUGAUGGUCAGCACUCUGAGCAACGGUCCAGAGAACAGUGCUCCAAAAUCUCCUGUUCUUCCGAAGUCACCCGUGCUUCCGUUGUCACCUACCUGGGAUCCUGAACCUGGAUCACCCCCAAGGAGUAUCUUCAGAGCAGCUGGACUGCGUUCCACCAGCUCUCUGGCCACUUCCAUUUCCAACGAUGUCGUUCGCCUUCGUCGCCCAAGUUUCGGUAGCUUACGCAUCGGCCGUAAUCGCUAUUUGGAUGGAAAUGGAGAUGUCUAUCAUCGACAUUCCACCAUUCCUGAGCUCCCUCCCGCGCUUCCUUCAGUUAUUGGGGUUGGUCGUGAGGACACUUUCGCGAAACUAGCCCUAGAAGGCAUUGCAGAAGUGCGUGUUAGUGAGGAUGCUCCCAUCUCUCCACUCAAUGGAGACGCAGCUAAAGGGAAGGCCAUUAACGGUCUCGGCUCCAUGAAUGGCCUCGUCCAAAAUGCCGCAGGAGGAAGUGGAAUCCACAAAAAGGGUUCGGGAUCAGCACUAUCGACUGGUGUGAAGCGCAAGGCUAUACCUGCCCAACUGUUUGAGGAGGCUGGUAUUGAUCCUUCUCAAUCGCCCUAUGCAUCCAAGGAGUCACUUACGAAGCACUCGAACCCUUCUUUGCCAAAAAUACCUAGGAAUCAGUCACUCUCGGGGCUAAGUGCUAAAUCGGCAGGUGGUUCUCUCCCCAAGACCGAUGAGGAGGUACCCCCAACUCCCGCACUGCCCUCUCCCCUCCCAGGUGUUCCAUCAACCUCUGUCAAUAACGAGGUCGCCUCAUCCACGCCUGCUCAGCCUGUAUCUCCCACCGAGAAGGUUGCCGCAUAG